UGGUGGCGCGGAGCCACUUCGAAUUGUCAUUACGGACUUUGGGCUCUCACGUGUGAUGGACAAAACAUUUUGUGAAACCGGAGUUGGCUCAUUACCGUACGUCGCGCCGGAGUGCUGGCAGCGCCACUAUUCCACAAAGGUGGAUAUAUGGGCUACGGGUUGUAUUCUUUAUGCGGCCUGUGCUAAGCGUGUAGAGAGUGACAAUGUUAAGGUGAUGUUCAGUGAAUGCGGUCGACCCGAUUUUAAGAAGAAGCUUAUUGAAGAGUUAACACAGGUGUAUGGAUACAGCCUGGCGCUGGCCGCCUUUAUUGUAUACUUGCUCGAGCCCGAUCCAGCGCGUCGUCCAAGCGCAGAGGAGGCAUUGCGGCUUAUUCGUAAAAGAAGGAAAGAUGCUGUGGAUGUAAACGAAACGACUCUCAUGGUUUCCCUCUACAAGGACGAUGGGGAGGAAGAGGAGGAGGAGGAGGAGGAGAAGGAAGAUGUGGACAACAAAAACAACAACAAUGAUGGGGAUGACGGUGGUGCUGUGAAGAAUAAUGACGACAGCGGGGAUGGACGUGAGAAGAGGGAAAUAUCCUCUGAGAAUAACAACAACAACAAAAGCAAGAAAGGUCAUUUCUCUCACAGACAACAACUACGCGAUAACAGUAGUAGCAAACAGUUUUUAACUUCUACGGCUCCGCCAAAUGAUGGUAGUGGUGCUCAGACAGUAGAAAAAGUGGCUCCAUCAACAAUGAAGACGCAUGCCCCUUUGCUGAAGGACGACGCAUACAUGUCAGAGGGUUCGGAUCAUGCAAAAACGGAAGUUCAUGGUGGGGGUGGUGUCAUGGCGGCUACUAGUGUUGACUACGACGGGUCCAUGCGUCACACAGCAGAGGCAGUGACAUCACGCGGGGCCAUACAGACAAACAGUCUUGCCCACCAUUCACAGCCUGGGUCACAUAAGGAAUAUACACCGCAGCAGAAGCAACAUUUCUUUGAUACCUCUGACGUCCUCCUCCGUGAGGACAGUGCAACUCGUCCCUCACAUUCUUCUAGCGCGGCCGUCAAGAAAAAGGAGCAUCGAUGCCGUAAGCUUGAAAAAUACUUUGAGAGCGUUGCCGAGGACAGCGAAAAGUGCGAAUUCUUUGUUGCACGAGAGUCCCCGUCACUUAUUGCACUCUCGCUCCCGGCAAAUCUCAGAGGACCUAACGUGCUGGGGAUAACGGGGAAUAGGAAUCCAUUACCGCCGCCUACAACAACAUUGCCAGCUGAGACAGUCGAUGCAUCCACGGCAAGGAAUAGGCACGAAAUAACCACAACUGCGGCUGCUGAGCCGAGCCGACGGGAGGUGGAGAAUUAUAGCUUCAGGAACGAGAGUGCAGAGGCUAUGCCUCUAUAUGCAUGUAGCGCGGAAGUGUUUCCGGAUCUUCCAUCUGAUGGGGAGUUUCCAAAAAAGAACGGGAAGAACAAGAAGAACAAAAACAAGAGGGGCGGCAGUGUUGUUUUCCCCCGUGAUGAUGGCUCGACCGUUGUGAAAGAGUCGACAACUGCAUCAUCCACAUCGAUGACAUUUUCCACGUCCACAUCUUCCCUUAGGCGGCGUAACUGUUGA